GGCAAACACACUCGUGAUGUAUAUCUGUUGUUUGUUGGCGUAUUUAGGCCGUGUUUUAUGAAUCCCCUUUAUGACCAAUUACGAGUGGAGCUGUGGGUGUACUUUCAAUAUGUAUGCAAUAUUAUCAGCAAAGCUACGCAAUCUGGCUUCAUUAUUCUAAUUAUUUGGCGUAAUCAUAUGAUAAGAUAGGUCUACAUCUUGGAGUUCACGACGUUAGACCCCAGGUGUAUCGUCUGAAGCAAGGUGCGUUGCACUGUAUAUUUCCAUAUACAUAUCGAUAUCUAUCACAGUGGAGAAGAGACUAGGAUCAUAUAAAGACGUGGCAGCGUUCUGUGUAUCACGACUGUUCUGCUGAACUGAGGAUUUGCGCUGCUGAGUGGUGUUAUUGUUUUGGUUAAGGAGCCUGAGGAAAGGUCACUGACCCAAGGCCAAGAUGUCCACCGUGGACGAAUCCAACUGUAGUCUAGUGCCGUUAUCAGUUAAAGAUCUUGUACAAGAUAUGACACCUUAUGGUUUGGCCAUCUUAGUUAUCGAAUCUCUCAUUGUCCUGGUCAGCUUAAUUAUAUAUUUCGAGGCUUAUUUCUUUAUAAAGACGAUCUUAGCGAGAGAGCCAACAGGAAGAAAAAGUGUGUUUGUCUUAGGACUAUAUCCGGUUUUCAUCACACUGUCUUAUAUGUCUGUUCUGAUUCCGAGAACUUCCACGGUUACCAUGCCUGCUGCAUCCAUGUAUUUAUCCGUGGUGUUACACAGACUGAUUUCAAUACAGGCGGACUACUUCGGCGGUCGUCGUAACUACAUUGAGAUCAUAACAGGACAGGAAGUAUCUUUGGCCAGUUUCCCAUUUUGUAUAUGCCCUUGUCUUCCGGUCAUGACCAUGGACGCGAAACACGUGAAAAUAAUUGAGUGUGGUAUUAUGCAGCAUGCUGUACUGCGUCCUUUAUUUUAUUACAUCAUCUUGAUAAUAGAGUCAGCCACUUAUAUUUACCCAACCAAGAACGAAGAUGUCCAGUGUAACCGGUCACAGCCACCGGUUACUGUUAGAGGGAAGUGCGGGCGGGCCCCGGCGGUCAUUCACCUUGCAUGCGUCACAGGGACUGUGCAUGCAACUGCAACCGUGUUGCCCAUAUUUAGCGAAGACGACGUACUUUGCCAUAGUCGUCUCGGCGAUGGCCAUUGUAUAUCGCGAAGUUCAUUUGUAGGUACGGCCAAUGGUAGGGCGAAAAGGCAGACGUUUCCCAAUUCUAAAUUUUUUCAUCGGCCUGGUUUGACACAAUCGAGCAUAAAUAAAAGAAUAAACCCUUGGACAACGGAUAUGCUUAUUCGCAACGCAGCCAAUGUUGAUUUGUUAAAUGACGUCGAAGACACGAGUAAAAACUGUAUAUUAAUCCACGAGGAGAAUUACGAUGAUCGCAAUGUUUCUGAUUUGCGUUUGCCAGAGAAAACAACGCCCCUCUUUGAACGUAACGGCCGAGUACCGGUUAAUCUGUCCCACGUCGUGUGCUUCACGCUGCCCGGGUCGACGGAUGAUGCAUACACAUCAUCCACAGAAAAAAGGACUAGCCACGUGUCUCCGGGUGAUUGUAAUGCCGACCAGGGCGAUGUAAGAAGUCCCGACGAUUUGGAUGGAAUAUCCACAAGCUUUACAGCAUGCCAGGACUCUGGUCGUGGAAAACACACGAAGGCAGUCAACAAGAGAACAAAUUGUUCCUAUGAGCCGAGCUUUUUCACGGAAAGGAACGUUAGAGACAGUCUGGGGGACGCCGCCGAGAUCCGACAAAAGCGACCUAAUUUGCGAUCGGAUUUGUACUACGAGAGCGAGUUUGCGGAUAUACUUGUCGAAAACAACGAGGACCUAACCGACAACGAUCGGGCGCUGUUAAAGGUUAACCCUCUCAUUAACCCAUUGUGGGAUCCAUCUCUCGAACUUGCUUGCCUGGCAACAGCGCUGAAGGAAAAGAGGAGACUGGCCAGGAAAAGGAAAUCCGAUGAAUUGGUAGGAAAAUGCGGUUUCAAAAAUAUACCAAUGUUGGAAACAGUGCACGAGCACGAAGAGUAUGAUGGGGAGGAAGAAUCUGAGAGAGUGGAGAUGGGGAAAGAUGAGGUGGGGGAGUCGUUGGGGGAAAGUGAGCUUGGGAGUGGAGAAGGGGAAGACGAAGAGGGGGAGGAGGGACAACACGAGAAUAGCAGUAUAUAG